GUGUGUGUGUGUGUGUGUGUGUGUGUGUGUGUGUGUGUGAACUAAAGGAGGAUCUAACUGUCGGGGGAGGAUUCAGACAUUAGAUUAACAGUCAGAAUGUUUUUGGUGGACAGUAUUAUUACUUCAGACACUUAAAGAAAAUGAUUCACACAUUUGUUUUGUUCUGUUUGUUCUUCUGUCAUCUGUUUGGUGUGUUUAGUGAGACAGUGUCAGUGAUGGAGGGAGAUUCUGUCACUUUAUACACUGAUGUUACUGAAAUACAUGAAGAUGAUGAGAUAGUGUGGAAAUAUGGAGCUGAAAACACUCUGAUAGCUGAAAUCAAUAAAGCUGCUGGAGUCUACUCCACAUCUGAUGUUCCUGACGAGAGAUUCAGAGACAGACUGAAGCUGGACAGACAGACUGGAUCUCUGAUAAUCACAAACAUCACAACUCAACACACUGGAGACUAUGAAGUACAGAUGAGUGGAGCAAUACUAUCAUCACAAACAUAUCAUGUUUCUGUCUAUGCUCGUCUGUCUGUUCCUGUCAUCAGCAGUAACUCUUCUUCAUCAUCAUCAUCAUCAUCUUGUUCAUUGGUGUGUUCAGUGCUGAAUGUGGGUCAUGUGACUCUCUCCUGGUACAAAGGAAACAGUUUAUUGUCCAGCAUCAGUGUGUCUGAUCUCAGCAUCAGUCUCUCUCUACCUCUGGAGGUGGAAUAUCAGGAGAAAAACAGCUACAGCUGUGUGAUCAACAAUCCCAUCAGAAACCAGACCACACAUCUGGACAUCAGCAAACUCUGUCAACCAUGUUCAGACUCUGUCCACUGUUGUGGUUUUACUGAAACUGUGAUCCGAUUGGUCCUCUCUGCUCUGGUGGGCGUGGCUUCAGCAGCUGUUCUGGUUUAUGACAUCAGAUCCACAAGAGGACGAAGGAUCUGAGGAUCCUCAAAUUCAAUUUUUUUUUGCUUUAAAUUUGAUUUGUGUUUUAAUUUUUAAAUAUUCAUUUAUUCAUCCAUUCUUCAUUUAUAAUAAUGUAUUUAAUCAUAUAAUAAUUUACAUUCAUCAUUCUAGUCAUUUAUAUUCCUAUUUCAUAGAUUAAUUUAUGGAUUAGUCAUUUAUAUUAUUUAU